AUGGCUCACGAAGAAUUUCCCUCAGAGCCCCCUGUCACCCCUGGUCCGUGCAACUGGCGCCAGGAAUGUAGAACUGGUCAGGCUUUGCUGAAACUGCGCAGGGAAGUAGGCACAAUACAGGAUUGGCAUGUGAACUUCGUUGAAUGCCUGAACGAAAUUGAUAGGAAGGUGUUGGAGUUGCAGUCUCUCUUGAAGUGGUCAUUGUCAUCAUUUUCACUGGUGAUUUUGACAACUCAUUUUGCUACUUCAGUCAGGCGUAUUAGUGCAGGGGGUAUAAUUGUUUUGCCAUCGGCUUAUUAUCCUCAUAGCCAUAGCUGCGGGAAUACUGAUGUGCAGGGGAAUAGAAACGGAACAACAAGGGAUAGAGAUUAUGAAUUUGUGCAUAGUGGGGAUGAGAGUGAGGGGCAUGAUAGCUCCUCAGUGGACGAUGAGGAUAGUUUUACUUCUGCUGUUCUCUCAAAAAUUGGGACUCUAUUGUUUUCCAAGAAGGUAUCGUAUUGUGAUUCGAGGCAUGGAUAA